UCUAAUAUAUAAAGACAGAUGUUCUCUAUUUGGUGCCAUAAGUAUUUUUGGUAAUUUAUAACAAAUAUGCGUGUUUUAAGUAUUGCCUUGACUCUCUGUUUAGCUGCUGUCUCAGCCUCGCCUCAAGGGAGAAUCGCCGGAGGAGCAGUUACUACAAUCAACGAAUACCCAUACGUUGCUUCAGCAUUAUACUCAAGAAACAAUGUUGCCUGGAUUCAGUCCUGUACUGGAGCAAUCAUAAAUAAUAGAGCUAUCCUCUCCAGUGCUUCUUGCUACGUAGGUGAUCCAUUGAGCCGUUGGAGGAUUCGUGUGGGGUCUUCCAAUGCUAACAGUGGUGGUAUUGUACACAACGUCUUUUCGAUCAUACUCAAUGCUGGCUUUAACGCAGUAACAAGAGACAACGAUAUCGCUAUCGUCCGAUCCAGUACCUUGUUCACAUUUACCCCCUCUGUUAGUUCUGCCUCGAUUGCUGGUGCUAACUACUUUGUACCUGACUACUCUCCUGUAUGGGCUCUUGGUUGGGGACGUAUUGGGCAAAAUGCUGGCCCUUCUGAGCAACUUCGUCGCGUUCAAGUCUGGACAGUAAAUGACAUCACAUGCAGAAACGCAUACCGACCUGUGGGCUUUACAGUCACCGACAACAUGAUCUGCAGUGGUUGGUUAAACACCGGUGGCCGAGGACAAUGCGCGGGAGACAAUGGUGGUCCCUUGAUUUAUAACAAUAUCCUGGUGGGAGUCUACACAUGGGGACAAGAAUGCGGAAGCAGUAGGUACCCCGAUGUCAACAUUAAAGUAUCACGUUAUACACAAUGGAUUAGAAACAAUGCUUAAUUUUAUUAAAAUGAAAAUUAAGACGUAUACAAAUACUUUUAUUGAAUAAAAUAUAUAUUAUAAAUUGUA